AUGUCCGAGAAGCAGUGGAGUGUGGUUAUACGUAACAACAGCCUUCUUAACCCUUACCGGGUCGUCGACCUCGGAAGCAAAGGGGGAAAGUUCGUGGAACGUUCCAUACAUAGCGCGCGCAGGUACGUGCACUCACUAAAGCUUUCAUAUACCAACAACCUUCUAACAGGCAUACAGCAAUUGCUACGAAUUCCAUUCUUCCGCAUUGAAGAUGACUCAUAUGUUGAACAAUUCGAGGAAACCAAAUCAGUGUCUCGGGCUGUUGCAGCAAGUUCUAUGUCUCAAUUUGACGCAUCCCUGGCAAUUGAAGGCGGUGCUUUUGGGUUCAGUGCAAGUGCAUCAGCAAGCUAUGGAGACACAAGCUCUUCCUCAGACUCGUCCAGUUCCAAUGAGGAGAACAAAGUGAUGAAUAUUACAUACAACGUAAGUAUCACAUUCGACCAUCAAUGUACCUAG